AUGAGGGAAAUCAUUACUGUCGCCACCGGCCAGGCGGGCAACCAGGUCGCCAGCUCCUUUUGGUCGUCGAUUCUUCAAGAACAUGCACUCUCUGAGGAUGGAAAACCCCUGCCAGAAGGAACAGAAGAGCAACACCAUCGGCUCGAGGUUUUCUUCAGCCAGGGUUCAAAUGACAAAUGGGUUCCUCGCGCUUUGAACGUCGAUUUGGAACCUAACACGAUGGAAGCUAUUCGUUCUGGUCCCCUCGGUAAACUUCAUAGACCGGACAAUUACGUCAAUGGACAGUCUGGCGCUGGAAACAAUUUCGCCAAGGGUUUCUAUACUGAAGGAGCUGAACUAGUAGAGAGCGUUAUGGAAGUGGUGCGGCAUGAAACGGAGCGUUGUGAAGUUCUGCAAGGAUUUCAGAUUAUUCAUUCAUUAGGUGGCGGCACCGGUAGUGGCCUUGGAACUUUGAUUAUGGGGAAGUUAAAGGAAGAAUUCCCCGAUCGCAUGAUGAACUCAUGGUCCAUCCUACCAAGUCCCAAAGUUUCUGACACAGUGGUUGAACCUUACAACGCGACACUAUGUUUUCACCAGCUGGUUGAGACUAGCGACUUGACUUUCAGUAUCGACAACGAGGCCCUCUUCGACAUUUGUCAAACAACGCUGAAGAAACCCAACCCGAGUUACAGCGACCUUAACGGUCUGAUUGCAAAUGUUAUGGCUGGUUGCUCCACCACCCUUCGUUUUCCAGGCCAAUUGAACGCUGAUCUACGGAAACUGGCCGUCAAUAUGGUCCCAUUCCCUCGGCUACAUUUCCUGAUGUGUGGAUUUGCUCCACUUACUGCUCCUGGUUCAGUUGCUUAUCAAAAAAUCAGCGUUGCGGAUCUUACCCAGCAAGUCUUCUCCCCGCAAUCUAUCAUGGCGGCCUCUGAUCCGCGUCUGGGUCGAUACCUGACGGCUGCUGCGAUUUUCCGAGGUUCAAAUGUCUCUUCCCGAGAUGUUGAGGACGCCAUGGUGGCCGUUCAGGAGAAGAAUUCGGAUUUUUUUGUUGAAUGGAUUCCCAACUCAGUCAUGACUUCACUCUGCCAAGUCCCUCCUCAUGGUCUUCGGAUGGCGGCUACUUUCAUUGGGAACUCGACUGCGCAACAGGAGCUCUUCAAGCGUACCCAAGCUCAAUAUUCUGCUAUGUUCCGAAGGAGAGCAUUUUUGCACUGGUACACAAACGAGGGAAUGGAUGAGAUGGAAUUCACCGAAGCUGAAUCCAACCUAAUAGAUCUGAUUGCUGAGUACCAACAAUACUCGGUCGCUGGAAUUGAUGAUCUGGAAGAAGGGUACGAGGGUGAGGAGGAUCAAGCAGAAGAAUACGAAAACGGUUACCCAGAAGAGCAGUAA